AUCACUGCCAUCAGCUGUUACUAUGUGCCUAGCGCUUCCUCUUCUUACAUGCGCCUUUGUUAUCACAAAUCGGACAGUGAUUUAUCUAUUUAAGCCGAUAUGGGACGUCUAAAUCUAGAGCACACGCUACAGGGCCACAAAGGACGCAUUUGGGGGGUGGCAUGGCAUCCAAAAGGCAACGUAUUCGCCUCCUGCGGCGAGGACAAGGCCAUCCGCAUUUGGUCUUUGAACGGAAAUACAUGGACCACAAAAACCAUUCUCUCCGAUGGACACAAGCGUACCAUCCGGGAAAUUCGUUGGUCACCAUGCGGACAGUACUUGGCCUCGGCAAGCUUUGAUGGAACUACCGCCAUCUGGUCAAAAUCUUCUGGAGAAUUUGAGUGCAAUGCAACGUUGGAGGGACACGAAAACGAGGUGAAGAGCGUGAGCUGGUCACGUUCUGGCGGCUUGCUGGCCACCUGCUCGCGAGAUAAGUCAGUGUGGAUCUGGGAGGUGGCCGGCGAUGAUGAAUUUGAGUGCGCUGCUGUUCUAAAUCCGCACACACAGGACGUGAAGCGAGUGGUAUGGCACCCGACCAAAGAGCUUCUAGCAUCUGCCUCCUACGACAAUACUAUUAAGAUGUUUGCGGAGGACGCUCUGGACAGCGACUGGGACUGCGUUGCCACAUUAUCUUCUCACACGAGCACCGUUUGGAGUAUCGACUUUGAUGCUACUGGAGAGCGUUUGGUCUCUUGCAGUGACGACACCUCUCUUAAGAUCUGGCAAGCAUACCAUCCUGGCAAUGAUGCGGGAGUAGCCACUCCCGACAAGCAGACAGUGUGGAAGUGUGUCUGUACAAUCUCCGGACAACAUUCACGGGCCAUCUACGACGUUUCCUGGUGCAAGUUAACGAACUUGAUAGCGACUGCCUGCGGCGACGACGGCAUUCGGAUAUUUAAGGAAACCAGCGAUUCCAAACGGGAUGAGCCAACGUUUGAACAACUUACCGCUGAGGAGGGUGCCCAUGAUCAGGAUGUGAACUCGGUAGAAUGGAAUCCUGUGGUGGAAGGACAACUAAUAUCAUGCAGCGAUGAUGGCACCAUCAAGGUGUGGAAAAUGACCGAGUAGCUAGACUAAUGUGUGGUAUAUUUAAGUGACUUAACAAUAACGGAACUUGGUUUUUUGUACAAAAUGUCCUAACGAGAAAUUAAAGUAUUCCCCCGAGAGAA